CAGUUUGCCGGACUAAAUUUUUAGGCAACUCAAAUAAAACACGAGCUCGUGUUCUAUUGCAUUACACAACAUAAUAUAAUAUUAACAGAUACGAUAACGAACUGAGCUUUUCCGAAAUGGCUGACAUUGAUGAGAAAGAACUAAAUUCAUUAGUUCUUCCCUGUCUGUUGCCUACUGCUACAUUAGAAGUAAAGAAAAUGGCAUUGGAUGUUGGUGUUUCAUACUCUGAACAUGAAGUUGGUAAAAAAGUCUUGUCAAAAUCAGAAACGUUAAAAAACUUAAUGGUGUUAACUGCAGAUAUUUAUUAUGAAGUUUCAAAACAAGCAAUUACUAUUUUAAUUAACAUUCUUGCUGAUACUGAUAUUGCUGAAAAGUUCCUGAAACUCCAAGAAGCUGAAGCCUUUGGAUUGAAAGCUUUUGAUAAAAUUACUGACAGGGAAUUUGGGCUUGCUGACAUGAUGUGUAUGUUACUUUCUAAUGUGAGCCGAACUGAGCAAUGUGCUGCCAUUAUAACUAAAUGGUUUCCUGAAGACAAAAUUAAUAGUGUUGUUGAGAAAAUAGUUUCAGCCUUGGUUAAACUAAAUUAUAACAAAGAAGGCUGUUGUUUGCAUCAUUUAUCUCUUGUGUUGUGCAACUUGUCACAAGUUUCUCAAAUUCGUGGAAUAUUACUUGACAAAGAAAGGCAGCUGAUUACCAAACUCAUCCCGUUCCUGUCUUUUGAGAAAUCCUCAAUCAGAAGGAAAGGCUGUGCUGGUGUUAUAAAGAAUUGUUGCUUUGAUACAAGUUGCCACGAUUGGUUAAUAAGUAACAUGGUUGACAUUUUGCCUUAUCUACUCUUACCUCUUGCUGGUCCGGAAGAAUUUGAUGAUGAAGACAAUGCCAGCUUACCACUGGAUCUCCAGUACCUUUCACCUGACAAAACUCGGGAAAUUGACCCAGAAAUACGAAGAACAUUGAUCGAUGCAGUUUUUCAGUUGUGUGCCACACAAGCUGGACGGACCUAUAUCAAAGAAAAGAACACUUAUAUUAUCAUGCGGGAACUACAUAAAUGGGAAACUGACAAAGCUAAUGACAUAGCCAUCCAAAACCUUAUUGACAUUCUCAUUGGAGAUGAACCAGCAAAAGAACAUGAAGAUCUUAGCAAAGUGGUUAUUCCUGAGAAUCUGGAGAAACAAUUUUCGAAAGAAGAUGAAGAAGAUCUUAAAAUGAUAUCUGAUGACUCUUAAAAAUAUUUUGAAAUUUUCAGAUUAAGUUUACUCCAUCACUUCUAUUGAUUACAUGGUUAUCUGUUCAAGCUUACUACUGCUAAAAUAUGUUGUAACCCCUGUCAACAAGACUCCUGACUGUGUUUAUUUACUUCAGUGUCUUCUUGAUAGCGGGGAUCACAGCAAUUUUAUUACUGAAUGGUGAAUAACUUUUAGUAUUUAAACUAGCCAUAUCCAACCUAAAUAUUCUUCCUGUUCUAUCUUCAAACCAGUCAGAUCUGGUCUUUCACACCUACUGAAAAUCAGCAAUCACAUCAUGAAAAUCUUGAAGCUAUGAGAUAAUGCAUGAUUGAUUCAAAACAAUGUGAAUAAAUAAAAGGCGGUGAGCUGGCAGAAACGUUAGCAUGCCGGGCGAAAUGCUUAGUGGUAUUUCGCCUGUCUUUACGUUCUGAGUUCAAAUUCUGCCAAGGUCGACUUUGCCUUUCAUCCUUUCAGGGUCGAUAAAUUAAGCACCAGUUGCGUACUGGGGUCGAUCUAAUCAACUGGUCCCUUUCCAAAAAUUUCAGGCCUUGUGCCUAGAGUAGAAAAGAAUAAUGUGAAUAAAUAACCAUUACAUUUCAGAAAGUAA